CAUAGUUUUAAAAUUUCUAAAGCGCUUGUAAAACAUUUACUCAAUAUCAUUCUCUCACGUUCAGGCUUCACAAACUACAGGGACAGUAAGCUCGACCCGCAUCUCUGCAGAACUCGUUGGGGCGGGACGCGUAAAACAGUCCAUCAUCGCACCGGACGUCACUCCAGUCACUCUGGACACGGAGACCCUCAGUACUCUGCGGUUUGCCAGCACUGCAAAGAAAAUGAAGAACGACCCUCAUGUGACAGAGGUGUCCGAUGAAGGGGCCCUGCUCAAAAGGUAUCGCAAUGAAAUUGAAGACCUGAAGCGUCGACUUCAAGAGGUGUCUUCAGUCACACAGACUACGGCCAAGGAGAAGAGAUCUCUCUCCCAGAGGCUCCAAGAGAAGGAUCAGCUGCAGACAGAGCAAGAGGACCGCAUCAGAAACCUGACCAAACUGCUUGUCACCAGCUCAAACCUGGUUCCUGUACAAAAGGUGCCCAAACGCAGAGAAACUUGGGGAGGGAAGAUGCAAGGACUUGCCCGUACGUCUCGAUGUGAUAGAGAAACUGGGAAUAGAAAAGUCGACCUCUCCUGUCUGAGUGAGCUGUGUGAAUCUGAUAAGGACUUUGAUGCUCCCUGGGAGAUUCCUGAUGAGCCUUCAGAUGAAAUGGACAUGAAUCAGACUUCUGUGACUGUCCGAAGCUUUGCAGACAGGUGA